CACUCGCAGCUCUAUUCGUGUGAGUUCGUCGCUUCCGCUCGGCGGACCUUGCGCGACGUAAGCGGGUGUGUGCGAAAGUAUGAAGUGAAAUCGUACCCAGUGUGUGAAAUGUUUAGUGGUAGUUUUUACUGUGUUAAAUUUGUGCGAACAAAAUGAGUGCAAACGGAUAGUCGACUUUCUUAUUUCCCGGAUUUAUAAACAUUGGACGGUAGUGUAACACGUAACAUUUUGUAGAAACGGAUUCAAAAUGGCUGUGUUUUGAUGGACCCUUUGUCCGAUUCGUGUGUUUCUUUCAGCAUGGUAGUGGGAUCCUACAGUCAGAAAUUUGACUUAAAGAGGGAAUGCAUGUCAUGUACCCGGAGCCGACGCACUAUCGCAAUCAGCCAGCCAGCCAGCCCUCGUACCAGCCGGCCGUGUCGCCGGCCCGCCACCAGCCUAAGAAGCGCCGCGCGCUGAGCCCCGUCUCGCGACACGCGGGUCCCGAUAACACUGGCUACAAGAGCAAGUGUUGGUCAGGCGUAGGGCCGGUCUGCUGCGCCGCGCCCGCCGCGCCGAGUCGCGCGUGCGAUGCUGAGCGGUCCCCUCCGCCCGCGCUGCCGCCUGCUCCGCCCGUGCUCUGCGCACGACCGUGCUGUCGCGACGCGCCUGUCGGCGACACCAGCGACCAGCGUCGCGCCCCGCCGGCCGCCGGCGCGGCCGCUCGCCACAAGACGGCACCACAGGCAACGACGACGGCCCACAGCAAGACAGCGGCGGGCGGGGCCAACCACCCGCCCCAGCCGCAAGGUAACAAACGCUCUGGCUGUGGCGGCGAUGGCGACUACCAGCUGGUGCAGCAUGAGGUGCUCUACUCCUCGUCCAAUAGGUACGAGGUGUUGGAGUUCCUCGGGCGAGGCACGUUCGGGCAGGUGGUGAAGUGCUGGAAGAAGGGCACCAACGAGAUAGUCGCCAUCAAGAUCCUCAAGAACCACCCCAGCUAUGCUCGCCAAGGACAGAUUGAGGUGUCGAUCCUCUCCCGGCUCUCUCAAGAGUCCGCGGACGAGUUCAACUUCGUCCGCGCGUACGAGUGCUUCCAGCACCGCUCGCACACCUGCCUCGUGUUCGAGAUGCUGGAGCAGAACCUGUACGACUUCCUCAAGCAGAACAAGUUCAGCCCGCUGCCGCUCAAGUACAUUCGGCCCAUCCUGCAGCAGGUGCUCACCGCGCUGCUCAAACUGAAGCAACUAGGGUUGAUCCACGCAGACCUGAAGCCCGAGAACAUCAUGCUGGUGGAGCCGGCGCGGCAGCCCUACAGGGUCAAGGUCAUCGACUUUGGCAGCGCCUCGCACGUCAGCAAGGCCGUCUGUAACACCUAUCUGCAGAGUCGAUACUACAGAGCUCCCGAGAUCAUCCUGGGCCUAGCGUUCUGCGAGGCGAUCGACAUGUGGUCCCUCGGCUGCGUGGUGGCGGAGCUGUUCCUCGGCUGGCCGCUGUACCCCGGCUCCUCGGAGUACGACCAGAUCCGCUACAUCUCUCAGACGCAGGGCCUGCCCACCGAGCACAUGCUCAACAGUGCGUCAAAAACGGCCAAGUUCUUCUACCGCGACGUGGACAGCACGUACCCGUUCUGGCGGCUGAAGACGCCCGAGGAGCACGAGCUGGAGACCGGCAUCAAGAGCAAGGAGGCCAGGAAGUACAUCUUCAACUGCCUUGACGACAUCGGACAGGUUAAUGUACCAACAGAUCUAGAAGGCGGCCAACUCUUGGCCGAGAAGGCGGACAGAAGGGAAUUCAUCGAUUUACUGAAGAGAAUGCUCACUAUGGAUCAGGAACGAAGGAUAACCCCGGGCGAGGCGCUGAACCACGCUUUCGUGACACUCGCACACCUCGUGGACUACGCGCAUUGCAACAACGUCAAGGCAUCCGUGCAAAUGAUGGAGGUUUGCCGACGGUCGGGCAGCGGCGUGGGCGGCGAGUACGUGGGCGGCGUGGUGGCGCCCGCCGCCGCCGGCGUGGGCGGCGAGUACGUGGGCGGCGUGGUGGCGCCCGCCGCCGCGCCCUCCGCGCACCACCUGGCGCUCACCAUCAACCAGCAGCGCCUGCCGCCCGCGCCCUACGACAACCUGUACCAGCUAUAUCAGGGCGGUCGCGUGGCGGUGGGAGGAGCGCGACAAUAUGCGACGAGGGCUGCGGAACCUUUCCCGCACCAGUUUGUUUCCUCCAUCCUGUGCCCGCCAGCCUAUCAGGUGCAGCAACUAGCAGCGGCGGCGGCGGCAGCGGCCGCGGCGCACCACCAGCAUGGCGUGGGCGGCGUGGGCGUGGGCGUGGGUGGCGUGGGGGUGGGUGUGGGCGACGUGGGCGUGGGCGAGUGGCGCGCGCCGCUCAUCGUGGAGCCCGCGCCGCUGCCCGAGCCCGACGUCUGGGACUUCCAUCCGCACCAUCUGCACCACCAUCCGCACAAGAGAUCGACAAAGCAGCAGACGAGCGCGGUGGCCCACUACCAGCCGCAUCACCAAACACACCAAUACAGUAUGGCGAGCAGUGGGGGCAAGAAGGAGCCGACUCAGCUGUCACCCGUGAAGAAGCGAGUGAAGGAAGGCACGCCGCCGUCGCGGCACAACAGGCAUACGCACGAACAGAACACAAGCAACAUUGGCGGCGGGCGCGCGUCGUGGGGCUCGGGCGGCGCGACGGCGGGAGCGGGAGCGGUGGCGGGGGCGGGAGCGGGAGCGGCGGCGGCGGCGGCGGCGGCGGGCGCGGCGCACACCAUCACCAUCCGCGACACGCCCUCGCCCGCCGUCUCCGUCAUCACCAUCUCCGACUCCGACGACGACGAGCCGCGCGCCAUGCCCCACAACAGAGCGGGCGGUAGCGGGGCAUGUCCCCCGGCGGCGGCGGCGCCCGGCGUCAUCUGCAGCGCGCGCUCGCCACGAGACGAUCCUCAUGUCAAGCCCGAGCCGCAGCCCUGCCACCACCAUCACACGCAACCGUCAGCCCCGGCGGCGGCCCCGGCGCCGGCGGCGCGCGCGCAGGCCACGCCGCAGAGCCAGAAGAAGCGGCUGUUGGCGCUCGCGCAGCAGGAGGCGCACAAGCACGACCCGCCGCCGCCCGACCACCACCACUACCAGCAGACGGGUGCCGCCGUCCGGCCGACCAACGAGUACCAAUGCAACCAGUACGUGCCGACGCAGCACAACAAGAGGGAUAGUACGGGCGGCUGCCGCGAGUACACGAGUGGAUCGGCGGCGACGGCGGGUGCGGCCGUCGGCGCGCCGCCCGCGCACAAGCAGCACGCGCACGCGCCGCACGCCGCGCACCAUGCCGCGCACGCCUGGCACCACCACCCGCACAACCACUACAAAACUGGUAGCGGAGGCGUCCUGUCGCCGGCUGGAGGGGUGUCUCCCGGUUACUUACCACCGCCUCUCUACGUGCCCACUUAUCAUUAUCACACCGGUGGCGUCGGCGGCGUGGGCGCGGUGGGCGCGGUGGGCGGCGUGGGCGGCGUGGGCGGCGGCGUGCCCCCGCCCGCGCACCACGCCAGCGCGCGCCUGCCCGCCUACCUGCAGCCCUACUCGCCCACCUACCUCGUGCCGCAGCACCCGCCGCAGCACCUGUGGUACACCGACUGAGCGGCCAGCGUGCUGGCCGAGGCGUGCCGACCUCCCGCCGGCCUGUGGGCCCGCGCCGACAGUACUGCACCGCCCUUUGUCGCAGCGACGGACCCGACGUUGGCCCGCGUCGUACCCGAUAAAAAUGCGGAGC